UUGAGCGUUGGAGAUAGGGUUGAUGCUGACGCUGGGCGACGGGCUGCUUUGAGGAUGAAUGGAGGCGCUCUCCCUCAGUUCGACAACAAGGAGCACGUUUUAAAGUUGGGCGGCAGCUUUGACAAACAACCCAAGUGCGGCUUCCACACCAUCCGGUAUGAUUUCAAGCCAGCAUCCAUUGACACAACAUGUGAAGGAGACCUUGAAGUGGGCAAAGGGGAACAAAUCACGAUCACCUUGCCAAACAUAGAGGGAUCAACACCACCCAUGUCAGUAUUUAAGGGCUCAAAGAGACCAUACCACAAAGAGUGUAUUCUCAUUGUAAAUCACGACACUGGGGAAUAUCGGCUUGAAAAGCUCAGCAGCAACAUCACAGUGAAGAAAACCAGGGCGGAAGGAAGCAGCAAAAUCCAAUCUCGCCUUGAUCAGCAGACCAAUCGCCUGGGGCAGCAGGUACGCCUCAACGCCAAGGCCUCGUUUAUACCAAAGAGUUCAACUCCAAAGGAAAAACUGUCGCCAGCUUCUCAAAUGGAUGACAUUGAACGAGAACUGAUGGCAGAGGUGGGUACGAUGGACCAGAUGAGUACAUCAGACAGUUCAUCAGACUCCAAGAGCUCUUCGUCCUCGUCCACCUCCUCGAGCAGUGAAAGCUCCAGUGAUUCUGAAGAUGAGACACAGAAGGUGGCUCAGCCUCUACCUCCCACCAUGCCUUUCUCUCACGUUUCCAUGCCGUUAAUGUCAACGUCACUACCUCAGGAUAACGUGAAAAAAAUGGAAGAAACUCUGAAUACAUUGCGAUGUGAUCUGCAACUAAGUGAAUCUGGAAGUGACAGCGAUUGAAUGGAAAGGGUAUUGUUGUGCCAAUACAAAGCAGAGGCAAAGCUUUGCAAUAUCACAAACAUUUAGCAGCUGUUUACCUCUGAAAAGGAAAUCGGGAACUUGCCUUUUUAAGAAGAAAAUGGGCUGUGUGCGUGUAUGUGCGUUUACAAGUGCAUGCACGAUCAGAUAAACAUAUUUUUAAAAAUCUGCUGAAAGGGAGUACCUUCUGUUAGAACUCUAAGAGUGCAAGAUGUCCAAUAAGUUGGAAGUAUGCCUAACGAUGUCAGUCCUAUUCUUCUAUCCACUGCCUUAAUGGUCUUUGAAGAAAUAAUUGUCUCAACUCAAUUAUGCAGACAUGUUCUUGCUGAAAUCAGGGCAUGGAAGUUUUGAAUGUUUAUUUUAUGGGUUCAAAGUUGGAAAGGAGGAAUUUUAUUUUUAAAUGGAAAUAUCUUUUUAAAUCCAAGUACAAAUCAAUCUGUUUUCACUCUUAAUGUUAUUCACAGGGAAUUAACUAAGCAAAACAUUUUGGUUCUUCAUCCUUAUGAGGUCACUCACAAAGUUAUUAGCAUGUUUACACCUAUAUGAAAGGUAUAUUUUGUGAAAUAUUUAAAUAAAGUGCCAUAACUUGCGGUCCAGAAUGCCACAAAAUUGACGGUCAAUUAAUUUGGACAGUGGAUAUGCCUUUGGGAUCAAAAAUGAGCUGACAAUAUAUGAAGCUUUCCUGCCAAUUGCUUAGAGUAGUGAGACUUGAGUGAAGGUGAUGUCUCCAAUUUCUGAUAGUGUUGUGGAUGAGAAGGAUCCCUAGCAGAAGUAUAACAUUGAAGAGUGGCCCCUCAACAGUGUCUAGCCUCCACUUGAAUAGGGUACACUGCCUAGGCUCCUGUUGACUUGUUCUGGGUGGCAGAUUAUGCCAACUUUAUUUUUGCAGUGGCUGCACUUGGUCCUGUUAUGUGAUUUACAUGAUUAAAAAAAUAGGAUAUGAAAGUUAUUUCAUCCUCAACAUGCCAACCUUGCUUCCAGCUCACCUCAUUGUGAGUAAUGCAAAUAUAAUACAUAUUGUUCUUCUUUCAAGUUAGAUCUUGUUAAAUAGGCUAAAUAUUUUAUCCACAUUGUCUUCCUGGUCCCUCCUUUUGCAAGUGUAAAGGGAACAAACAGAUUCUGCUGUAACUUGUUGUUGGAUUAUUGCCUCAAGACUAGACUUGCUUUCCUCCAUUUAAAGAAUAUCAUUGUGAU